AUGUCCACCCACAUGUCCCCGAAAGUGAGUGAAAUCAGCCAAGAUGCAACUGGGACCAGCGAGUCUCGACCAUUGACAACGGAGCCUGGCAAGCCUCAGUACAGUCUCAUUGAAUUUGUUAAAGACAUGGACAGAUACUGUCCCGGAGGAUAUCAUCCGUUGAAGAUCGGGGAUGUCCUAGCUGACGGGCGAUACCGACUCGUUGACAAGCUUGGAUACGGAGGAUACUCAACUGUAUGGCUGGCCCGGGAUAUACGAGAGGCCAGAUACGUGGCAGUGAAGGUCAUUACUGCCGAUGGUAGUUUGUGCUCACCCGAGGCAAGUCUUAUAGCCUCCCUUGGGAAGUUACCAUCUACACCGGGUGCUGAAUUCAUUCCGCCACUACUCGACGAAUUCUGGGUUACCGGCCCCAAUGGGGAGCAUAAAUGCAAUGUCACCCAUCCUGCACAGAUGAGCCUGCUUGCUGCUAGAGACGAUUCGAUUUUUCAUGUUUUCCCGCCCAAGGUUGCGCACUCGAUCAUCGCCCAGCUCAUUCGCGGCGUGGCCUUCCUCCACAGUAACAACAUUGUACACGGCGGUAUACCUGCAUCUUGGCAUCUUUUCUCCUUAUCAGAACUAUAUGAGAAAUUUGGAGAGCCGGAGUCAGAGCCCGUUGUUCGACUCGAUGGCAAGCCAUUAUCAGACGGCGUACCGGACCAUGCAUUUACAUCGGGCUGGUAUGGCGUUAGCGGUGAGGAAAUUACACAUGGAAAUGAAAGGAUUUUCCUUAGCGACUUUGGGGAGUCAUUCAACCCUCACACAACGCCAAGGUAUUCGUCGAACACCCUUCCUCUCCUUCAGCCUCCCGAGGCCCGAUUCUCCGAUGAACCUCUUUCUUUCUCCUCGGAUAUUUGGACACUUGCCUGUACCAUUUGGGAGAUUUUUGGCCAGCGACCUCUGUUUGAAGCUUUCUUCGCAAGCGCCGAUCGUGUCACCGCGGCGCAAGUCGAAGCGCUUGGUAUCUUACCUACGGAGUGGUGGAAAAAAUGGGAGAAAAGAGAUCAAUGGUUCAACGAAGAGGGGGAGUUCGGUGGGACAGCUAGGGGCCCUGAUAAUGUGUGCUGGGCUUGGGACAUGAGGUUUGAAUUCAGCAUACAGAAGCCUCGGGCUGAGGCGGGCUUCGAGAUCCCGACGGAAGAGGAAAGGGCAGCAUUUGAGGCGAUGCUUCGCUCAAUGCUGAAGUUCCGACCCGAAGAGAGAGCAACUGCACCUGAGGUAUUAAACUCGGAAUGGAUGAAAGGCUGGGGUCAACCAGCCCUCGAAGAAAGCUGGAGUUAUGAUAGUUCCGCCCAGGAUAGUGGAUAA